AUGUUAUCAUCAACGAUCAAAUGGCUACUAAAUUCUGCCGCAAGGCAAUCUUCACGAAAUCCUUUUGAAACAAUCGUAUUUUGCUUGAUAAUUGCCUCAAUUACAUAUGCUUCAUUAUUUAGAUCCCUAAUAGAAUCUGAUUUUUUUAAACAAGAAAUUGAUUUGGUUCAAAUUAUUUCUUACCCUAAUACAAAUGAAUUUGUUUUCCUCUCUAAACGUGAUUCUAUUAGUCAGGCUUCACGAAUUCGAUUAAACCAAGUUAUUAUAAAUACUCAACUUGACGAACCAGAUACCUCAAUUCUUCCUCAUCAACAAUCAAUUAUUCAAAAAAACCUUGAAUCUCUGACCAGACUACAAGAGCUUGCUGAAAAAGAAAUUUAUGUUUCUGAUGGGACAAAUAAACUAUAUUAUAAUGAUGAUUUAUGUUAUAAGUUUCCUGGUGAUUCAUCAUGUUUUUCCUUAACAUAUGCAUCUGAAAUCAAUGUUACAAGGCCUUUUUGUCAACCAUCGUCUUUUGUUCCUCUCACCGAUGUUAAUUGUGAUGCUUCCACUAUAAUUUUGAAUUACAUUUUAAAUGCUGAUGGUCCUUACUUGGCUUAUACUGAUGCCUGGGUUGAUAAUAUCGUCGAUUUACGUGUCGGUCAACUUGCAUCUACCGGAAAAAGACCAUAUGCUUCCGCUAAAAAAGGUUCCUUUGCUUGGUUUGCUUUCGCUAUCACUAUAUGCGUCUUGUCAAAUGGUUUCUUUGCUUUCGCGUCGGCUUUUUUGACAAUAAAAUUGUUUGGUGUCACCGUCAAUCCAAUAUUAUUAAGUGAAGCGACUCCUUUCCUAAUAAUAACAGUAGGUUUCGAAAAACCUUUUGCUCUUACAAAAGCAGUUCUUACUGCAACUCCAACCUCUCAAAUUGAAGAUAGUAGAUCUGUUACGAUUCCUUUCAAUAAUGUAAUGACUGGUGUAACUGAAGAAGGCCCAAAAAUAGUUAGGGAUUAUUUUAUCGAAAUUGGCGUGUUAUUCAUCGGUGCUGUUAGUGGUGUUACUGGUUUACAAGAAUUUAGCUUUUUAGCUGGUUUUAUAUUAUUAUAUGAUUGUGUGUUCUUGUUCACAUUUUAUACUGCCGCUUUGGCUCUUAAGCUUGAGUUGAAACGUAUCCGUAAAGUUUUAUCAACCGAAAAAAUGGUUGAAAGAGAUGAAUUGCCAAGUAGUCCCACGAACCUAAUUUUCAUGCCUUUACAAGAUAAUAGUGCUGAAACCGAAGAUGCAAAGAAAUUUGAUAAUCCAAUUAUUUCAAGGAUGAUUGGUUUUGUAGUAAUGCAUGUGAUGAACUUUUGCACAACUCUUCAUACCGACGAUGUCUCUUCAGCACUUCAAAUCAUGAAGACUGAUCCUUAUUAUAAUCCAACAACAAUACCAAUUCUAGAUGUCAUCCUUUCACAACAUCGAUCAAGCCCUAAAGCUUCCUUACCUUUAAUUGUCGAUGUGGCUUCUCCAAUAAUCUUUCGAGCUGUUCCAAGUGAUGUAAUCGGUAGUCAAACCUUCAUUAAAGCAUUCUACAAGAUAUUUGACACCAUUUUGAACUAUUGGUCUCUUUAUGUUCGAGAUUCAGUACUCUCACCAUUGAUCUUUAUUGGAUUAAUUUUCUCUAUCGUUUUGAAUGGUUAUCUUUUGAAUACUUAUAAUCAAUCAAAAACUAAUGAAAAAACUUCUGAUUCGGUUGCAUCACCAUCUACUUCCAAUAUUGCUUCUCGGGAUGCACCUAUUGAAAACCUUGAUUCUCAUAAUAAUGACUUAAUAAUUGAUCCCAAAUCUCCAACCGAAUACGUCAAUGUUCCUAAAUCUUUAGAUAAUGACUUAAGAAUUGAUUCCAGACCUCCAACCGAAUGUGUCAAUAUUCCUAAAUCUUUAGAUAAUGACUUAAGAAUUGAUCCCAGACCUCCAACUGAAUGCGUCAAUAUUCCUAAAUCUUUAGAUAAUGACUUAAAAAUUGGUCCUCGAUCUCCAACUGAAUGCUUAGAUAGUUCAAAAUCUCCAGAUUUAAGUGAUCCUACGAUCAUGUCUGAUGAAGAUAUUCUUUUGCUGAUUAGUAAUGGCAAAAUUUCUCCUUAUAAUCUGGAAAAAAUAUUAAAGAAUAAUGAACGAGCUGUAAAAAUACGUAGAGCCUUUAUAUCACGUUCCUCAAUCACAAAGACAUUGGAAUCUUCAGCGUUACCUAUAGAAGGUUUCGAUUAUUCAAAAGUUAUGGGUACAUGCUGUGAAAAUGUUAUUGGAUACAUACCAAUCCCUCUUGGAAUAGCAGGUCCCUUAAAAAUUGAUGAUGAACUGUUUCAUAUUCCGAUGGCUACGACCGAAGGGUGUUUGGUUGCUUCAACUUCUAGAGGAUGCAAGGCAAUUAAUGGUGGUGGUGGUGCUAAGACUGUUGUGACACAAGAUUUGAUGGCUCGUGGACCUUGUGUGGAAUUUCCUAAUAUCAUACAAGCUGGUAAAGCUAAAAAUUGGUUGGAAAAUGAUGGAAAUGAUAUUAUAAAGCUGGCCUUUAAUUCCACAUCUAGAUUUGCUAGGUUGAAGAAGUUAAAAGUUGCUGUUGCCGGAAAAUUAUUAUUUAUUAGGUUUUCUACAACUACAGGAGAUGCGAUGGGAAUGAAUAUGAUUUCGAAAGGAUGUGAAAAAGCACUAAAAGUGAUGAAUGAACAUUUUCCUGAUAUGCAAAUAAUAAGCGUCAGUGGAAACUAUUGUACAGAUAAAAAACCCGCAGCAAUUAAUUGGAUUGAUGGACGUGGAAAAUCUGUAAUUGCAGAAACAAUUAUUCCUGGUGACGUUGUAAAGAAAGUAUUGAAAACCAGUGUUGAAGCGCUUGUGAAGUUGAAUAUCUCAAAGAAUUUAGUUGGAAGUGCGAUUGCAGGUAGUGUUGGGGGAUUUAAUGCUCACGCCGCAAAUAUCGUUACCGCAAUGUAUAUUGCGACCGGACAAGAUCCGGCACAAAAUGUUGAAAGCUCAAAUUGUAUAACGUUAAUGGAAGCUAUAGAUAAUCCAGUGACAAAUACAAAAGAUUUACACCUUACAUGUACAAUGCCAUCAAUCGAAGUAGGAACAGUAGGAGGAGGAACAAUAUUAGGACCACAGAGUGCUGUGCUAGAAAUGUUGGGUGUAAAAGGACCUCAUCCAACAAAUCCGGGAGAAAAUGCGAAAAAAUUGGCGAGAAUUAUAUGUGCCAGUGUUAUGGCGGGAGAAUUAAGUUUAUGUGCCGCACUGGCUGCUGGGCAUUUAGUUAAAAGCCACAUGACACACAACAGAGCUACAGUUGGACAUUCAAAUCCACACGGUAUAUCAAAUGCAACUACAAUACCACAUUGUUCUGGAAUAGGAAACAUAUCUAAUUCAAAUACAUCUAUUCCAGGAUCUUGUUUAAAUUCAUAG